AGGCUUUGAAUAAUACCUUAGAUCAUGACAACUUGCAGUAGCUCAAGGUGUUUUGAAAUUCGAAAUUCGUAUCGUAGAAUUAUUUUUAAAACUCCAGAGAAGAUCAAGAACAUCCAGGACCUAAGCACGUUGAAGGCUGGGACAAAUGUAUCUACAAGAAGUGCCAGUGCUACAAAUAAAAGACGCAUCAAACGCAAACAGAGAGCUCUUGUAUGCCGUCCACGUGAAGAAGAGGCAUCGCAUAAAUCUGUACGAAAUAAUGAGUUAGAUGGUUUUGAGGACUGCGUUCUGUGUUUAAACACCGAAUUUGACUGGCCACAUCUCUUGCCAUGUGGGCAUAUUUUUCAUAACGUGUGUGUAUCCAAUUGGUUAAAACACAAUGAUACUUGUCCUGUAUGUUUCCGAAAUUGGGAAAACCAGGUUCAUACCAAUCAAGUACCUAACUCUUAUUCUGAUGAUGACAUGCAUAGAAAUCCUAUGCCUGAGAGUUUGGCUACGAGCGUACACGUGCCUUCCACCGGAGUUAAUGAUGCUUCAGAAUCGGAUUCCCAUAGGCCAGCAGACAAAGUUCAUAGUGUACUCAAAGGACGAGUUAAAAGGCCAAUUUACCGUAGAAGAAAAGUUAUAGCCAGGCAAUCGAUUGAACAACUGGCACUUAAGAAGGAAAUAUUGGAUAGUGUCUUUCUGAAGAACUGUGUUCCAGUAUGUGGUGUUUCUGACGUGCUGUCACCUGAUGAACCACAGUCCAGUGAUCCUGAUAUCAUAAUCGAUGGUGAAUUCAAAUUAAUUGAUUGUACUGAUUCUAUUGCCAUUUUUGAGGGAGAUGCAAUACAAGACAAUGUAGACUUUGAGAAUCUCACUGAAAGUGUUUAAACAUUAUUUUAGCUAAUAGUUCACCUAUGAUUUUAGUAUUAUCAACGGUAUUUUUUCUGAAAAAUUGUAUAGUUAUUUUUUUCAUGUUUUCAUUUAAUUUUUGACAAGACACUGUGAUUAAUUUUUAUUGCGUGUUACUUUUAUAGGAUUGUAGAUGAAAUUCAUAUGUUAAAAGAAUGAAAUUUUAAAUAAAAUUUUACUAUUUUA